GCUUGAGAGCAAAGUCCAGCAGUGCAUGCCUUUGAUUUCAGGAAGUGAAUUUGAAGGAUCUCGUGGAGAGUGAGCAUAAAAAGUGUCUGUUUCAGAGAUGAGGACCAGCUUUGUGUUGCUGUGUGUGACUCUGGCAGCAAGUAUAACACCAGUGUCUGCUGCAGCACAGCCAGGUAUUAUAGAAAGCCUCCUGAUAGCCACCAUCCAGCGUCCCUGGCUCUGGGGUGUCUAUGUCUUCACUGUUGGACUUCCCAUCAUUCUCUUUAUCAGCUUCAUGUGGCCUGACAAGCGGUUUGGACCUCCUGAUCAACAGUAUUUUUAUAAGAAGUCGGAUGAUGCUCAACCAGACGAUCCUGAGACGUCACAGUGGACAGAAGCGUUGUUAACCAAAGGAAAAGCCAAACAAAGAGUGACAAGGAGGAGGGAUGCUCAUAGUGACCAGAGGAAGUCAGACUUAGACUCUCGAACAUGAGUCUCAUUUUAAUAAAUAACCACAUUGUAAGAAA